GUGUAAAGGAACGGAAUGUUUCCUGUCAUCCUUUCGAGCGUAGACCUCUUUAUUUGUUAUUUAAAUUAUAGGAUAACUGUAUAUACAAUACAAUACUCAGUGAUAACAGAACAGGGGCAGCAAAAUGGCGAGUGAGAGCAGUUCCGCAGUAUUAGACCUCAAUGAUGACCCGACUGAAGACACGGACGCACCAAGCGUCACUGAAGGCACACAGGAUGGGUCCCCACUCAUCAUGGAGCACGGAUAUGAUAUAGCUGUUAAGGUGGACGCCCCAAUGAAGCAGCUCUCAACAUUGGAGACUUUCGUGACGUAUCGCGUGCGCUGCGUGUGCGCACGCUGGCCGACGCCUCCUCACGUGCGCCGGCGGUACAACCACUUCAAGGUGCUCCACCGUCGCCUAACGAACGCCCACGCGUGGCUGGCGCCUCCGCCGCUGCCGCCGCUGCACUCAGCGCGCCAGCAGCUUGACCGCUAUGAACCAUCGUUCGUGUUGCUCCGCGCUAUGGCCCUUGAUGCUUUUCUUAAUCGCGUCGCGAAACAUCCAAUUCUAACCCAUAGUGACGAUUUCCGUCUCUUUCUCACCACACCGGACGAAGACUUGGACAAGGUAUUCAAAAGUGAAAGCAGCGCCCUCAACUUGUGGGGCCUAAGCUCUUUAUACAGCGGCGGCGAGGCCAAACCGGCCAAUGGGGCCAGAGUAAAGGAUCCGGAAUUCAGCUCAGCCGGAGACUAUCUGCAGUCGCUACAACAGAAACUGACGUCGCUCUGCGCUCUCACCACCAAACUGUAUAAGGGGUCCACUUCACUUGGCACUGAGCUUAUCGGGUUAAAGCGUGGUUGCGACGCGUGGUCGGUCCGCGAGCGCGGGCGCGUGGCGGCCGCCGCGGCCGCGGUGGGCGCGGGCGGGGGCGCGGCGGGGGCGGCGCGCGCGCGGGGCGGGCUGCGACACCGCGCCACGCUGCCGCUGCUCGCCGCCUACGCCGCCGCGCAUGCGGACAAGAUACGGCAGAGGGACGCUUUGCACGCAACAUUUGUGGCGGGCAACAACUCCGAUGAACUACAUAACAGAUUAGAACAAGCCUCCGAAGCAAUCCGCUCUGAGCUCUCCGACUGGAUCCCAAAAACCCACUCCGAGAUCAAAGCCCUCCUCCUCGAACUAGCUGACCGACAGGUAACCCUCCACUCCCAAACCCUCCAGGGCUGGGAGAACGCCCUCAAACUCUCCACGGAGACCAACCUCGAACAACUCUUUAAAACGGUCUCUAAGACUGCUGUACAAAACCUCAGUCCAUCCAAAUGCAGAUCAGUCACUCCGACAGAAACCGAAAAAGAUUUUGAUGAUAUUGACAUAGAGAAUAUAUCGAAUGACUCUGAUGAUAAGGAGCAGAUAGGCGCUGUGUCAACGGAGCAAAGCUCAAAAUCCGAUGACAGGAGUGAUCCACUGCAGGAGUUUUCUGAAGUGAAUUUGUCUUCGUGAUAUGAUUCCUUAUUUUUGAACGUUGUGAAAGAUAUGCAUUGAUUAGGGUUUUAAAUUUUAAUCAAAGCAGAUAAAUUAUUGAUAUCAAGAUUAAUUUUGGGUGUAGCAUUAUUAUACAUAUCUCCUUUCAGUAUUUUUUGGUGUGGCACUUUGAUAAGACCCUAAGAAAAUUGAUUAUCCUCGUAUUCCCGUGGACUUUUGUCUAACUUGAUUGUACGGAUUAAAAAUAUUGAAUAAAAAAUUGAUAGGUAUAAUUUUGAUGAUAUUAUUUGGGGCAUAUUCUAUGAAAAGGGACCUUAUUGUCGAUGGCGCUUACGCCGCACAGCGUCGCGCGGCAUUGUAUUUAUAUCGGAGCAUCGUUUAUAGUGGUGUAAGCGCCAUCGACAAUAAGGUCCCUUUUUAUAGAAAAUACCACAUUUCAUUUGCAUAGGAUUAUUUUAUUUGCCUCGCAUCUUACAUUGUGAUAGUACUUUCAACCAGGUUUAACUAAUUCUGGGCAGGUACAGAGUGCAGUUAUAUUUUUGCGUAAUAUUUUUUAGAUUUCAACUACGGUGUAUUCGGUUACCCGAAAUCACUUUCGGAAAUUACUUUCGGAAAUUAGGUAAUCCCGAAAAUCACUCAUGUUCCGUUGCAACAAGAGUACUAUUUCGGAAUUAUCCGCUCCUUUUUUAGUGUUUUUCCCUUUCGGAAUCACCCGAAUACACCUUAUUAAAUAAUUUACAGAGGCAAGUAAUUUAUAUUGUUUAUUUUCUAUAAAAAGGGACCUUAUUGUCGAUGGCGCUUACGCCAUUAUUAACGAUGCUCCGAUAUAAAUACAAUGCAGCGCGACGCUGUGCGGCGUAAGCGCCAUCGACAUUAAGGUCCCUUUUCAUAGAAAAUGCCCCAUAUUAAGUUAAAUAAAUACUUUGAUUUAAGAAAAAAAAACCGUAUUGACGGUAAUACAUAUGUAUUAAAAAACCAUUUUGAGCAUUAAGCCUAUUACUAUGCUUAAUAGUAUUCUCUACAUUGUAUUAUUAAAUAUUAUUAGUAUUUUCCUUAAAAGCCUGUAACCUGUAGUCACCCAACUCUCCACCAUUUAAUCUAUAUAGCUAAUUAUGAACCAAAAAUGUAGACCUUUACCCAUGGUACGUCGCAUAUACUUUUAAGCACAUAAUAAAAUUGUAAUCGGGUAGCAAUUAUUAGCUUCAGAAUACAUAACGUGUAAAACGGGUCACUAUUUAUGAAAAUUAGUGUAAUAAGGACUUUUGCAUGUACAUUUUGAAGUAUAAAAAUAGUGAAAAUAAUGAAAUUUUGUGCAAUUCAAUUCAUUUCUAACACUGUCUUCAUAGUUUUAUGAAGUUUUUGGUCGUUUAACUUUCUAUACACUUUGUAUAAAAAAAUAGAUUUUAACAGUUCAAACAAUUAUUUAUAAUUAUCAAACUACACAUUAUUUCUAAGACAUUAUUCUGAUGACAUGAGUGAACACAACUUUUUUGGGUUUUCUUAACGUACAGAAAAAACUACUAUAUGGUGGCCACCAAUGGUUGGAACUUUCUGAAUUAACCUUUUCGACGCAGUGUCAAACACAAAAGCGGUCACUCGGACGCCACGUCACCGAAGUGUCAAAACAAAUUGAAUUUUAUGCAGAUGCACGUAGGUCUAUAUUGCUCUGUGGUCUCCGUCUUUGGCGUUGGACCUGCGGUGCCGAUAUAUCCGUCAUUGGCGUCCAAAAGGUUAAGUACUGUGACUAAUUACCUGCAAAAUGGGUGUCUCGCUGCUUUUUCAGUGUCAAUCUUUGGGUAGUUUACCUAACCCUAUAAAAAUUUGUCCCCUUUUUGUACCAGAUCAACUAUUUAUCCGGAGACAACCCAAAAAAAUUAAAAUAAAAUGUACAAACAUAAUAUUUUAAGAACGCUCAUGAAACUAUUGACUUUGUCAAAUAAACGACCUAGUUUAUGUAAAUAAUGCAAUAACUAUUUGUAUAUCAGUACUAGUGUAGUUAUUUAUUGAAAUUAUAUCAGUAAAGGUUUUAUAGUGAGAA